CAAGCUUUCAGAGCGCUGCUCGGAAAGCUUGUGAUUUCAAAUAGCCUUUUGGACUAUAACCUGGUAACAUGUGACUUCUGCCUUCAGAAUGGGAAGAGGGAAUUGUGUUUUAAUUAAAGCAUUUCAUCACUUUUGCCAUGUAGGCAGAUGCAUCUUAAGAAACUCUAAUCAAUUUUGCUCAGAUCUGCAGCAGUCGUUUAUAGUUGCCUUAACAAAUGUUUCUUUUUUCAUUCUUAUGUCUUUUUAUUCAGGUCACCAACAAUGGCGGGGGGACUAUUUGCAAUGAACAGGAAUUACUUUAUCGAGCUUGGGCAAUACGACAGUGGUAUGGAUAUUUGGGGAGGAGAAAAUCUGGAAAUUUCAUUUCGGAUUUGGAUGUGUGGUGGCGAGCUGGAAAUAAUUCCGUGCUCUCGGGUUGGGCAUAUUUUCCGUAAACGCCGACCGUAUGGUUCACCUAGAGGACAGGACACAAUGACACACAAUUCUCUUCGACUGGCACAUGUCUGGAUGGAUGAGUAUAAAGAACAAUUCUUUGCCCUGAGGCCUGAGCUGAGAAUCCAAAAUUAUGGUGAUAUCAGUGAACGAGUUCAGUUGAGAAAAAGGCUCAAUUGUAAAACAUUUAAAUGGUAUCUGGACAAUGUGUACCCAGAGAUGCAAAUUGUUGGACCAGAUGGAAAAGCCAGAGUACAACAACCAUUGUUAAUUAACAAAGCUGUGAAACGGCCAAAGGUUCUCCAGCGUGGAAGGAUACGGCACCUGCAGACAGCCAAGUGUAUCAGUGCCCAGAACCAUCCCAGCCAGAAAGCAGGAAUAGUGGUGCUCAAGGAAUGUGACUUAACAGAUCUAGAUCAGAUUUGGAUUUAUGAUGAAGAACAUGAACUGAUUCUGGCCAACCUUCUUUGCUUGGAUGUGGCAGAGACUCGCUCGUCAGAUCCUCCGCGUCUCAUGAAAUGUCACGGGUCUGGAGGAUCACAACAAUGGACUUUAGGGAAAAAUAACUGCAUAUAUCAAGUGUCAGCUGGACAGUGUCUUCAAGUGGUAGAUCCUGGUGACAUCAAGGGAUAUAUCAUGAUGGCAAUUUGUGAUGGCUCUGCAGGACAGCAGUGGCAGAUAGAGAGUUGAUUUUUGGAGGGAACCUUUGGAAAUGUUUUCUGAAGAUUGACUUGAGAAUUAUAUCUUCCACUGAAAAUAUUACUCAGGAGCAGGAAAAGCUGACAGUUCCACUUUUCACUGGAAAAGCAGGAAGCUGGUGGCAGGUCCUUACCUCAGUGUCUCAACUUGCUGAUUAUAAUGAUUUACAAUAGUAAUUUUAUCACAAAAUAUUUUUCUAUUUUAGCUUCAGAUUUUGUUUUAUGAUUCUCUGACAUCACAAGUUGUUUAGAAUUGUCUAAAUAACCAUAUUUUAAUUAUUAUUUAUGAUCUUACUUGUUCCUUCCAAUGAUUGUUGCAUUCAUCUCUAUGUAUAUCAAUUAUUGCCAAUUUUUAAAAAAAAUCAUGUUUACAGUAGAUAAUGUGAACCAUGUUUGAGUAGAGCUGCUUAAUAUUGAAGCUAUAAUUGUCUACCAUUAUGUUUGUAUGAAACAUGGUUUUGUCAAUGCUAUCUAUUAUGAAAUACAUUUUUAAAAGAUCACGAAAUCUUUCACCUACAAACACUUGGUUGAAUGUUCUAAGGUGAUACUUGUGAAAAUGUUAAACUAUUUGUGUAUAUAGUCUGAUAACUUAAUGAUUUUUGCUCAGAUAUGUUAUCAUAAGCAAUUUGUGUCCAAUUUUGAAAGUAACUAUUUAAAUCCUUCAGAUCUAUUUAAAAUUGCAAUUCUUAAAAGAGAAAA